AUGCUGAAGGAAGGCUGGCUGUGGGGGCUGGGUUCAGGGUUGCUGCUGCUCUGGCUGAGUGCCUGGCUGAGGCCAGCGCAGGGUGGCCGGGUGCUGGUCAUGCCUGUUGAAGGCAGCCACUGGCUCAGCAUGAAGGUGUUGGCGACAGGACUGGCCCAGAGAGGCCAUAACAUCCUGGUCCUGGUGCCCGAGACCAACAUCUUGAUCCAGAGUUCUGAGCUCUUCCGCACCGAGACCUUCCCGGUGAAGAUCUCCAAGGAGGAGCUGUCCACCAGCUUGAAAGGGUUUCAGGAGGGGGUGUUCAAGCGUAGCCCUGCACUGAUGGACAUCGUCAUCCAAGUGGGGCGUCUGCUGAACUUCACAGGAACGCAGGUGGAAGGAUGUGAGUCGCUGCUUUACAACGAACCUUUGAUGCAGAAGCUGAAAGAGGAGAACUUUGACGUGGUGCUCACCGACCCUUUUCUGCCCUGUGGACCUAUUAUCGCUACUGCGCUCGGUCUCCCCGCAGUCUACUUCCUUCGUGGCAUUCCUUGUGGCCUUGACAUGUUGGCUUCACAGUGUCCUUCUCCUCCAUCUUAUGUACCUCGGUUUCAGUCUGGCAGCACUGACAAAAUGACCUUUGUAGAGCGCAUUCAAAAUUUCGUCAUGAGUGGUGUAGAGCUGGUGCUGUGUCGAAUAAUGUACGCCAGUUUUGAUGAACUUGCUUCAAGAUACCUGGAUGCGGAUGUGACAUACCAGGAGAUCAUCGGCCGCGGAGCUAUUUGGUUGCUUAGAUAUGAUUUUACAUUUGAGUACCCCAGGCCUCUCAUGCCAAAUAUGGUCCUCAUUGGGGGCAUCAACUGUCGGAAGAGUGCUGAACUUUCUGCUGAGGUGGAGGAAUUUGUCAAGGGCUCCGGAGAGCAUGGUAUUGUGGUGUUCAGUCUGGGUUCUCUGGUCUCCUCCAUGCCAAAAGAGAAAGCUGCCAUCUUCUUCAAGGCUUUCAGUAUGAUUCCACAGAGGGUUCUCUGGCGGUAUACAGGUGAGAUUCCUGAUGAUGUCCCUGAAAAUGUCAAGCGGAUGAAGUGGCUUCCACAGAAUGACUUGCUCGGUCACCCCAAAGCAAAAGCCUUUAUCACUCAUGGUGGGACGCAUGGAAUCUAUGAGGGCAUUUGUCAUGGUGUGCCCAUGGUGAUGCUUCCGCUCUUUGGUGACCAGGGUGACAACGUGCACCGCGUGGCGACUCGAGGGGUGGGAGUGGUGCUCAGCAUCCAUGAUAUCACUGCAGAAACACUGGUCGAUGCUCUCAACACAGUUAUUAAUGACAGCAGCUAUAAGCAAAGAAUGGAGAAGCUGUCGGCCAUACAUAAUGACCGUCCCAUGCAGCCCCUGGAUCUUGCAGUCUACUGGACAGAGUUUGUUAUGAGACACAAAGGGGCAGACCACCUGAGACCUGCUGCUCAUGACCUGAACUGGCUUCAAUACCACAGUCUAGAUGUGAUUGGCUUCCUGCUUUUUAUUGUGCUGAUUGUAACUCUAGCAACAUUUAAAUGCUGUGCACUUUGCUGGAGACGCUGUUGUAGAAAAUCGCAGAAGAGGAAGGAAGACUGAUCAUAUUGAGAUUAAAAGGUGGUAUUGCUUAUAAAAGCAUACAUUUUCCACAUCUACCGUUUCAUUUCAUGUUUUCAGAAGAAACGUUACUUUCAUCACCUGAAAACUGAGCCAGUAAAGUCUCUUAAAAAGCCGCCGUUUUGUAAAGUGGGAGCACACAUCAAGAUUUUGAAGCAGUUUCACCUGUAAAGAUUUUGUUUCUUAAGAUAUUAGUUUUACAUGCUUUCGUUUUGAUAUCACUGACCACUGAUCAGUGUUCACCUAAAACUGUAGCCACCAGAAUUUUUUUUUUUAAAUCAUUCAAUGCAAACCACUGUAAGCUAAACAGACUGCAGGUUCUAUCUCUCAUAAUCAACAGGAAUUCUGGAUAAAAAAAUUAUCCUAAUUAACCCUAAUCUGGGAAGAUGGAGUGUUUAAUAUGACACAAAUGAAAGGUUGUGAAAGAGAAAUAUAAGCUUGUCUAAUUUUAAUAACCAAUGUUUUCUGUAUUUUUUAAAUACAAGGUCCAAUAACAGUGUUUUCCAUUUCCAUGCUUCAUCGACCUUAUGAUCAACAAGGCAUUCAGCAUUUUUUAUAUGAACUGAAUUGCAUUUUUCCCUGUAAUUUCCCUCCUAAAUUUUUCUUUAAUUUCACUCCUAAAUGACCACCAAUCAAUUUUUGUAUAAACAGCAAAUUGUUGUUGUGCACUUGUAGCCAUGAUCUGAAAAAUCACACUCUAAAAUUGAAAAAAUAAAAUUCUAAAAUAUGAA